GCUGGCCCACACCUCCUGCCCUCGAGGGCACUGGAGAACAGAAGGAUCAGCAAAGAAAGCCUGGAAGAGAGAGUGACCAUGGCUCCUGGGAGUCCCACACAGUCGGGGGAAGAGCUCGGCGAGCUGGAGCUGGAAGGGACGGCCUCCUCCAGGCAUCACGACCCCCCGGUCCUGCCCCCGCUGCUUACAGAAGAGACCAGCACCAAGCAUACCUACUCCCCCAGGAAGAAGCCACCCUCCCUCAAACAGGCCUAUGUGGCCCACACGCUUCCCCAGAGGCCAGACGACGGGGACUCCGCCAUGUCUGAAGAGGCCCAUGAGGUUCCCCCCGAGGAUACCAGCCCCCUGACCCUGAUGGACAAAGGUGAGAACGAACUGACCGGAUCAGCCUCAGAGGAGAGCCAGGAGACCACCACGACCACCAUUAUUACGACCACGGUCAUCACCACGGAGCAGGCCCCAGCUCUCUGCAGUGUGAGCUUCUCCGAUCCGGAGGGAUACAUUGACUCCAGCGACUACCCUCCGCUGCCCCUCAACAACUUCCUGGAGUGUACUUACAACGUGACAGUCUACACUGGCUAUGGAGUGGAGCUCCAGGUGAAGAGCGUGAACCUUUCAGAGGGGGAGCUGCUCUCCAUCCGUGGGGUGGAUGGCCCCACCCUGACAGUCCUGGCCAACCAGACACUCCUGGUGGAGGGGCAGGUAAUCCGAAGCCCCACCAACACCAUCUCCGUCUACUUCCGGACCUUCCAAGAUGACGGCCUUGGGACCUUCCAGUUGCACUACCAGGCCUUCAUGCUGAGUUGCAACUUUCCCCGCCGGCCUGACUCUGGGGAUGUCACAGUGAUGGACUUACACUCAGGUGGGGUGGCCCACUUUCACUGCCACCUGGGCUAUGAGCUCCAGGGCUCCAAGACGCUGACGUGCAUCAAUGCCUCUAAGCCCCACUGGAGCAGCCAGGAGCCUAUCUGUUCAGCCCCUUGUGGAGGGGCAGUGCACAACGCCACCAUCGGUCGUGUCCUCUCCCCAAGUUACCCUGGAAACACCAAUGGGAGCCAGUUCUGUGUGUGGACCAUCGAAGCUCCAGAGGGACAGAAGCUGCAUCUGCAUUUUGAAAGGCUGUCACUGCACGAGAAAGACAGGAUGACCAUCCACAGUGGACAGACCAACAAAUCAUCGCUUCUGUACGACUCCCUUCAGACCGAGAGUGUCCCCUUCGAGGGCCUGCUGAGUGAAGGCAAUACCAUCCACAUCGAGUUCACGUCUGACCAGGCCCGAGUGGCCUCAGCCUUCAACAUCCGAUUUGAGGCUUUCGAGAAAGGCCACUGCUAUGAGCCCUACAUUCAGAACGGGAACUUCACCACAUCCGACCCAACCUAUAACAUCGGGACCAUCGUGGAGUUCACCUGCGACCCGGGCCACUCUCUGGAGCAGGGCCCGGCCAUCAUCGAGUGCAUCAACAUGCGGGACCCAUACUGGAAUGACACGGAGCCCCUGUGCAGAGCCAUGUGUGGUGGGGAGCUUUCUGCUGUGGCUGGAGUGGUGUUGUCGCCAAACUGGCCAGAGCCCUACGUGGAAGGUGAAGACUGUAUCUGGAAGAUCCACGUGGGGGAAGAGAAGCGGAUCUUUUUAGAUAUCCAGUUCCUGAACCUGAGCAACAGCGAUAUUUUGACCAUCUAUGACGGUGACGAGGUCAUGCCCCACAUCUUGGGACAAUACCUUGGGAACAGUGGUCCCCAGAAGCUGUACUCCUCCACGCCAGACCUAACCAUCCAGUUCCACUCAGACCCUGCUGGCCUCAUCUUUGGAAAGGGCCAGGGAUUUAUCAUGAACUACAUAGAGGUAUCAAGGAAUGACUCCUGCUCAGAUUUGCCAGAGAUCCAGAAUGGCUGGAAAACCACUUCUCACACAGAACUUGUGAGGGGGGCCAGAAUCACCUACCAGUGUGACCCCGGCUACGACAUUGUGGGCAGCGACACCCUCACCUGCCAGUGGGACCUCAGCUGGAGCAGUGACCCCCCAUUUUGUGAGAAAAUUAUGUACUGCACCGACCCUGGAGAAGUGGACCACUCGACCCGCCUGAUGUCGGACCCUGUGCUGCUGGUGGGCACCACCAUCCAGUACACCUGCAACCCCGGCUUUGUGCUUGAAGGGAGUUCUCUUCUCACCUGCUACAGCCGCGAAACAGGGACUCCCAUCUGGACCUCUCGCCUGCCCCACUGUGUCUCGGAGGAGUCUCUGGCCUGUGACAACCCAGGGUUGCCUGAAAACGGGUACCAAAUCCUGUAUAAGCGACUCUACCUGCCUGGGGAGUCCCUGACCUUCAUGUGCUACGAGGGCUUCGAGCUCAUGGGCGAGGUGACCAUCCGCUGCAUCCUGGGACAGCCAUCCCACUGGAACGGGCCCCUGCCCGUGUGUAAAGUGAAUCAAGACAGUUUUGAACAUGCUUUAGAAGUAGCAGAAGCGGCAGCCGAGUCAUCGCUGGAAGGAGGCAACAUGGCGCUGGCGAUCUUCAUCCCAGUCCUCAUCAUCUCCUUACUGCUGGGAGGAGCCUACAUCUACAUCACGAGAUGUCGCUAUUACUCCAACCUCCGCCUGCCCCUGAUGUACUCCCACCCCUACAGCCAGAUCACCGUGGAAACCGAGUUUGACAACCCCAUUUAUGAAACAGGGGAAACCAGAGAGUAUGAGGUCUCUAUCUAAAGAGAGCUACACUUGGGAAGGGAACUUAUGGAACUCAACUACAACCUCCUUGAGACAUUCAUCCAGAGACCACGUGGCAUUUGAUCAAAACCCCAGAAUGUCAGCUGUCUUUUCCUUUAGACUCUUUAUUGAAGAUUUACUGUUUUCUUCACUGUAUUUAUUAUAUUUAAAAUUGAAAUAGGUGUGGUUGGAUGUAUUGUGGCUGCAACAGCCAAACUAACUCAUGUUACAACCUCAAUUCUGAAGUCAGGUGGAAACUUAUAAAAUGGCAAACGGUGACAGCGUAAACAGAAACAAACAAAACAGCAACAGAUCAAGUCUCUCCCAUCAGCCAUGUGACGCUCAGGCUGCACCGAAUUGCAUGCCUCUUCAGGAUCCAUGCCCAUGGUGUUUUUGUGCAAAUCGAAGUACCGAGAUUAGGUUGGAAAGGCUAUUUUUUGUUGGAUUCAUGUGGGUUGGGAUUUAACAAGGGCGCGUAUGCCCAGUGUCAAGCUCUACUCCAAAACAAACUCCGUGUCCUCUCUUCCCAUUUUACCAUCUUUUAAAAGGUCUUGCCCCUCCCCUGCGCCCGUGGUCCUUCUCAAGACCACAAAGGUAUUACACAAACAUUGUCUUUUACUACCCUGGCCUCAGUGGAAGCUGACAAAAAUAACACAACGUUUUCUUUCCGAAAAGGUGAUAAAUGACAAAAGACAAUUUUCAGAGAAGAUGAGAGAUUUGAGAGUUCCAGUGAAGAACUGGGUGAGGGACGAUGUUCGGUGAGGGAAUUGAGUUAAUAAAAUGUUCGUUUCUUUGACACUCCUUCAAUGAUGAAAGAGCAGGUAAUUUAUACUACAAGUGCCAGAAUCGAUCACACAGCAGGCCACUCUCCAGCUGUGAUAAUAAACCCACAAACCCAAGAGUCGCAGGCAGCUUCACCCUUGUAGUUAGAAGGGUUUGCACUGGGAGGGGCAGGCGUGUGUUCUGAAAUCCGGGGCGAGCUCUGUUUUUCUCGAGUUUCUGGAACGCCUUAGUCCUCAAAACGGGGGAACCUUGUAUGCACGGUUUCCUCUAAAAAGUGUCACCUUCCGAAUAGACUUGCAAGUAUGUCAAGGGAAGGAGGGUCCUACAAGAAGAACCGACUUUUCUAUUCUCUGAAGCUCUCUGUCUGGAUAUGGGUUGGUAGUGUGAAUGCUGACUACAGAGGUGCAAAGAACCGAAGCAGAGGUUUUGAGACCACAGGGAAUCACAUCAUGGAAUCUGCAACAUCGGAGCUGAAUAUCAGUGAGGAGAGAGAAGGAGGAAUUUCAGAUCAAAAAAGAAGUCAUAGCAGCACUUCUUUUCACUUGGGCAUCCUUAUAUUUUAUCAGGGUCCUUUCGCCCUAAGCCAGUGGAACUGGUAAGUGUGUGGCUUUGGGGAAGAUUCUUUUUUUUAAUAUAAGGAUAAAGAAAAGGCAAGCCAGGGAAGAUGGUACGAGCCUCUAGUCUCAGCUACUCAGGAGACCAAGGUAGGCAGGUUGCGAGUUCAAAACCAGCCUGACAACAUAACAAGACCCUCUCUCUCUCUCUAAUUUAAUUUUAUAU